CAGCCGGCCCUCUCCCGAGGCAGCCUCAGGGACCGCAGGGCAGCACACACCGCGACGGAGGCCCCGGGCCUGGGAGUCCUCAGCCCCCAGCCACUCGGCUGGGCCCGGCCCCAUGGCCUUCAAUGACCUCCUGCAGCAGGUGGGGGGCGUUGGCCGCUUCCAGCAGAUCCAGGUCACCCUGGUGGUCCUCCCCCUGCUCCUGAUGGCCUCCCACAACACCCUGCAGAACUACACUGCCGCCAUCCCCACCCACCACUGCCGCCCUCCUGCCGAAGCCAACCUCAGCCACGAUGCGGAGCUGGAGGCCUGGCUGCCCCGCAAUGAGCAAGGGCAGCGCGAGUCCUGCCGCCGUUUCACCUCCCCGCAGUGGGGACCCCCCUUCCUCAACAGCACAGAGGCCAACGGCACAGGGAACACAGAACCCUGCCCGGACGGCUGGAUCUACGACAACAGCACUUUCCCGUCCACCAUCGUGACCGAGUGGGACCUGGUAUGCCCUCACAGGGCCCUGCGCCAGCUGGCUCAGUCCCUGUACAUGGUGGGGGUGCUGUUUGGAGCCAUGGUGUUCGGGUACCUGGCAGACAGGCUGGGCCGCCGGAAGGUGCUGAUCUUGAACUACCUGCAGACGGCUGUGUCAGGCACAUGCGCCGCCUUCGCUCCCAACUUCCCCCUCUACUGCACCUUCCGCCUCCUCUCGGGCAUGUCGCUGGCAGGCAUCGCCAUCAACUGCAUGACACUGAAUGUGGAGUGGAUGCCCAUCCAGACGCGAGCCUGUGUGGGCACCCUCAUCGGCUACGUGUACAGCCUGGGCCAGUUCCUGCUGGCCGGAGUGGCCUACGCCGUGCCCCACUGGCGCCGCCUGCAGUUGCUGGUCUCAGUGCCGUUUUUCGCCUUCUUCAUCUACUCCUGGUUCUUCAUCGAGUCAGCCCGGUGGUACUCCACCUCGGGAAGGCUGGACCGCACCCUGAAGGCCCUGCAGAAAGUGGCCUGGAUCAACGGGAAGCAGGAAGAAGGCGCCAAGCUGAGCAUGGAGGUGCUGCGGGCCAGUCUGCAGAAGGAGCUGACCCUGAACCAAGGCCAGGCCUCGGCCAUGGAGCUGCUGCGCUGCUCCACCCUCCGCCACCUCUUCCUCUGCCUCUCCAUGCUGUGGUUUGCCACCAGCUUUGCCUACUACGGGCUGGUCAUGGACCUCCAGGGCUUCGGGGUCAGCAUCUACCUAAUCCAGAUCAUCUUCGGGGCCGUGGACCUCCCGGCCAAGCUUAUAUGCUUCCUGGUUAUCAACUCGCUGGGUCGCCGGCCUGCCCAGAUGGCCUCCCUGCUGCUGGCGGGCAUCUGCAUCCUGGUCAAUGGGGUGAUACCCCGGGAUCAAACCAUUGUCCGUACCUCCCUGGCCGUGCUGGGGAAGGGCUGUCUGGCGGCUUCCUUUAACUGCAUCUUCCUGUAUACCGGAGAGCUGUACCCCACCAUGAUCCGGCAGACAGGCCUGGGGAUGGGCAGCACCAUGGCCCGCGUGGGCAGCAUUGUCAGCCCGUUGGUGAGCAUGACGGCAGAGCUCUACCCGCCCCUGCCUCUCUUCAUCUACGGCGCCAUCCCAGUGGCUGCCAGCGCCGUCACCGCCCUCCUGCCCGAGACCCUGGGUCAGCCGCUGCCGGACACGGUGCAGGAUCUGGAGAGCAGGAGAGGAAAAUCCAGACGGAAGGACCAGGAGCAGCAGAAGCAAAUGGUCCCGCUCCAAGAGGCAGCAAGAGAGAAGAACAGGCACUGAGUUCUGUGAAGGAAAUGCCCAGAGCCAUCCCGAGAGUGAGGGUCCCGCAGACCCUGGGCUGCCCACACAAGGGAGGUGGCAGCCCAAAUGUGGAACCAUGGUGGCACGGAAGGACCUCCCCGGGGAGCCACAUCCUCAGUGGCACCACCAAGACCGCUUCAUUAAAAGGUCCAUCUGUGUCUCUCUCGG